AUGUCAUCCACACGUGCUCUGAGACUCACCUCCCUCGCCUCACGCCCCAGCCUGUCCACAGCCUACCGAGCCCAGGCCCAGCCUGCACGGUCUGCAGCGCCAGCUCUCUUCCAGACCCGCCACUACGCCGCCAAAGGCGACGGCGAGAAGGACGACCUCGGCGGUCCAGGCGGACAGGAGCCCCCAGACCCCGUGGCGCGCGCACAGCAAAACAGGAGCCUGCGCAACAAGACCAUCGCCGGAAUGCUUGUCGCCAUCAGCAUCCCCCUCUUUUACAUGGUUGGCCAGCCCCGCAAGAUCGCUGAGGCCGAGGUUGACAACAACUCGGCCGGCCCUUUUGCCAAGAACAACCCGGGUGAAAAGCUGGCCAACGUCCAGGGAGGACUGCCGGGUGGCCGCCAGGAGCAGCGGAAUCAGUGGGAGGGGAAUGGUGGUCAGGACACGAAGGCUGUGAGUGUUGAAGACAGUGGUAUGGUCUUCUGCGAGAUCAUUCGAAUGGUGGAAAGCCGUCGUAUCUUGUAUGCCGCAUCUGUGGUAAAUCUCACAGUCGUCCGAUAUCGAUAUAUCAUGGGCAUGGAUACCGGUGACGGUGAAUCACGAUCAACGGGCUUCUGUUUCCAGUGUCCUGCUUUCCCAAGGUUCAAUCAGGUCGAAGUUGUGUAUCUGCUUUUUCCACACCAGCCUCCAUUCCUACUGGAAGGGGCAUGA